GAAUCGGAUUUUGGAUUUGAGAUAGAUGUUUUUCAGUCAAUAAAUGGGGUUGCUUUCUUUCCUCCGGAAGCUGCAAGGGGGCAACGAAAGAGAGUGUCGUCUGCUCCUGUUGGGUCUGGACAACGCAGGCAAGACCACAAUUCUCAAGUUUGUGGCCAACGAAGAACCAACAGUCACUCCAACACAAGGAUUCAAUAUUAAAAGCGUUCAGAACGGGAACCUAAAAAUGAACGUUUGGGAUAUCGGCGGACAGCAGAAAAUCAGGCCGUACUGGAGGAACUAUUUCACAGAUACAGAUGUCCUCAUUUACGUCGUGGACAGUCAUGACACCAGACGACUGGAAGAGGCUUCUACGGAGUUCCACGACGUCCUAUUCGAAGAGAAGCUAAAAGGAGUGCCGGUGCUAGUGUUCGCCAACAAACAAGACCUACAGGGAAGUGCGCCGGGAUCUCGGGUUGCUGAAAUCUUAGAAUUGACCACUAUAAGAGACAGAGUCUGGAAUAUCCAGCCAUGCUCGGCACUGACUGGCGAAGGUGUGAAAGAUGGUAUGGAGUGGGUGAUGAAAAAUGUCAAGGCUAAAUAAGCCUCAAUCGGACUGUUAGAAUAAUGGGUUUUUGUUAGCCUCUUAUUGUUCACUUUGUUCACAUGCUGCAAGCAAUAUCAAAAGCUCAAAUAUCAGAAGGACUUUUGUAGUUUUCGUUUGUUUUUUUUGUUCGUAAUACUUAAUAUAAAGAUAUGCAAUACAAAUUAUGAAUUUUUAGUUUAACUUUGAGGUUUGCCGACACAACUUGAUGAUGAGCUCUAUAAGAUAACUAUCAAUAGUUGAGUCGCCUAGCUCUCUUUAUUUUUCCUUAUUUAAAUUGUUCACGUUUGUGUAUAUCAUUUUGUUGAACUGUAAAUAUCGUUGUAGCAUUUCUUAGUGAUGAAUAUCAUCUGAUGAGUUAUGUUGCAUAAAUAUAUGUAAUUAUUGCAUUUACUGAAGUAAAUGUACAUUCUAUGUAAAAACUACGUCUCAAAUGAAUCCACAUAUCUUUGCUAAGAAUAAACAUUACACGGCUGUUUUGAAGACUCAUUGAAAGAUCGUACUUAAAAAAUCCAAUCAUACAAAGAUCGGAUCAUGUUUA